UUAGCCAUAACUGUUUGAUGCUAGAAAUGCAAAUUAUUAAAAAUUUAUCGGAGUGUAAAACCUAAAGCAUUUCAAAUAUUAUGACAGUAUGAAAUAGCAAAACGUUUCAUUUCUGGUCACUUUCAAGAAAAUGGUGUACUUAUUAGUUAAAAAUGAAAAAGCCAAAAACUCACCAAAUGGAACUCCAAAACGCACCAGUCUAUGAGUGCUUCGAAAUUACGAGAAGAAAAUUAGUAUCUGUUUACGCUGUUUAUGCAAAGUUUACAGGAAAGAAAAUGGAUUAAUACCAAUCCAUCCUCGUUAAUUAAUAAGAACCGAAAAUGGCUUUUGUGUCUCAGUAAAUAUGAAAUCAGAAUAUGUUUCAAAAAUACUUUAGUGAAAUAUGAUUGAAAAGAAUGUUUAUUAGCUUACUAAUAGGAGCAAGCAUCAUGGCAGACAAAGACAGGAGACGAAAUUAAAAAAAUAAAAAUUUCUCUGAACUCAACAUGUGCUAUUAUAUAGACUACGUUCCAGAAAAAGAAUCCUACUUUUAAAAGAUAUAAAAAGGACUUUAUUUAUCUUUCAAUCGGCAUUUUUAACGGCAUUUGGAGCGUUAACGUGAUUUUGUUGAUAGCUAGUCUUAGUGGGAACGAAUAACUUUGACGUGUCAGUGUUUCAAAAGGUGAAACGACAAUUUAUGACAAUGGCAAAUCCAAUUGAUUACCAACUCAAAAGUCUUCGCAGACUGAGCCUCGAAGAUAUUUCUCUAAGAAGAGUGGCUGUUCUUUUGCUUAGUGACCCUUUCAAGUAUAUGUACCAAAUAACGGUGGAAAAUGAACAUGGCGAGAAAAGGGUGGUAUCAAGAGAUGAACAAUUCAAAAGCAUUGUAGCCGAACUCGGGUUACCCGAAUCAAUGAGGGGGCCGUUAGUUAAUAUAAUGAAUCUUAUUUUCCAAGAAGCACGUGACUGGUUGAGGUUCCAUGAAACAUUUUUAAAGCUGAGUCAUUCAAGAUUUUACAAUGGAAAAUAUAUGAAACACGUCCAUUGGACUUAUAUGGGAACUGUAAAUUAUCGGAAAACAGCUGAGGCAAUUAUCCGCGAUGAAAACUUGAGCAUCGACCGCCGAUUUUGGUUAGCUUGUCUGUAUUGCCUUGAAGACGAUAUUCAAGACCUCUGGCAAAAAUUGCCCCCGCUGAGUAAAAAGUCUUUUUUUAACAAUGGAGAUCCUGAUAGAUAUGAUCCACCGUCAGAAAUCAUUGUUUUUUGGACUUGCAUCCUAAGCGGACGAGAAUAUAAGAUAGAUAGCUUUCACAUGGGAGCGGAAAGACGCUUCUCCUCUAUCUAUCAAUAUGCUUUUGAAUUUUUUGCAUACAAAGGUUAUGAAACAGCAACUCAAUAUUUUUUUGAAAAGUUAACUUGUGAGGAAAAAGAUGCGUCAUUAUUGAGAACGGCCCAAGCUGUAGUAGUAGAAGGUGGCCCCUUCUUUAAACUAUACUAUGAUGUUUCCUGUUAUUUGUUGUCACAGUUGAAUGUAGAACAAUUUCAGAAGGUUCUUGAAGAUUCACCCGGUGCUGUCCUUAAAAUCUUUCUGAUUUGGCCAAGGCAAGAUGUUUUGAUCGAAGUUGCAAAGCUUGCAUUACCGUAUUUUCAGAGAUCCGAUUAUGAAAGUCUGCCUUAUUAUCUGUACCGACAAUUUCAAUUAAAAUAUCAAUCACGGAAACUACUUUGGGAUCUUUUGCUGGUCAUGCCUAAGGAUUCGAGACAUUCCACAUUUUAUUUAAAUGAGUUUUUUACAAAUGAAAAUCCUGAAAUGUUCAAAUUUGUGUUUAGAAAUAUGGACCCUGCGGAAACAUUGGAAUUUUUCUUGAAUGAUAUAAUUCUGAACCAUUGUUGCGAUCUAAUGGAAGAAGGCAAAUGGGAUUGUUUGGAAUUUUUUAUUCGCGAAUCUAGGCUGUCCAAAGAAGGCAGAGAAAAAUUCGCGGUAACAUUCAAUUCAAUUUUUGCUUCACUAUUAGAGUUGGAAAUACUCGAACGUUUCACUAAUAUGAUGAACGAUAUUUAAGCCGGGACUUCUCAAAUUGCAACGAAGUAAAUCAGAUGGAUACAAUGGAUUUUCAACCAAGUGGACAACCGGAUGAAGAAUUAAUAGAAAGGCCAGCCAAGAAAAAUAAAAAGAUUUAGGAAGGAAAUAAUAAUAAAUGGCAAGGAAUUUUAUAUUAAGUUCUUACCACAAAUUAUCAAGAUUUGGAAUCAGAAGACAUAAAAAUUUCAUUUUUCUGGGAGAUAAUUUUAAAGAUUCGAUUCAAAAACAGCUCGUCUAUUAAUUUUCUUUUUAAGGUUUUUCUUGUAUAUUGUAAACUAGCCGCCUUUGGAGACCAGCCGGUUCGCCAGUAUUAAUGCUCGCUAAAAUUGUCAAAUAUUUUAUGUUACUUGGUCUCAUAAUAGUAUUUUCAGCUUCAAAUUUUGAUAAUAAUAUAUAUCACUUGUAAUAC